CUGUAUCUAUAUGUUUCUCUAAUGUUGUAGUCUCUUUUAGUGGUUGUAUAUUUUUAUUAAUUUCAACCACACCCCCGUUACUUAAUAAUAAUAAUUAUAACAAUAAUAAAACUCUUUAUCUUAUACAUUUAUGAAAGAUUAUUAUAUAUAUUAUAUAUACCCAUUACUUAUAUAGUAAUAAAGUUUCAAUCUUUAUCACUUUUAUUUUGUGGGCAUUAAAAAAGGUCUAAUCUUUAUUAAUCUUCUGCCAAGAAAAUGUCGCCGGAGUUAGGGUUUAAUACUACAGUUUCCGAUCGUCUUAAACAGUCACUUAAUAUCUCCGGCGACGGCGGCGAUAAUACCAAUAAACCUGAUUUCAGGGAACUCAAUCUGGGUAUUGGGUCGGGUUCGGGCUCACCCAUUUCACCGUUACGCGCUGGGCCAACGAUUAGUAGUAGCUCUAGCUCAUCCGGGUCAGUUUCGGGUCGGACUGGAAACGGGUUACAAGUUGGUUCUGGCUCUGGUGCAAAAAAGACAGAUUCCGGCGGAACUAACAACACUCAUUCCGGUGAGUUGUCGGUGGACAGUUCACCGACACCGACAUUUUCCGGUAAAACUAAACCGGGUCAUACCCGGGUUGAUUCGGGUCAUGCACAGAUUUUUACCGGUGGUAGCUCGGCUACUUCACCGCCGGUGAAUGUACUUCCGGCCGGAAAUAUUUGUCCAUCGGGUCGGGUCUUAAAAACUGGUAUGAUGGCUAACCGGAGCUCCAAACCAGAUGUGUUAAGUUUAGGCACUGGAAAUUAUGGUCAUGGUAGUAUAAUGCGAGGUGGGUCAGGAUCCGGAUCCGGAUCCGGGUCAGGACAGACUAAAAGUGAGACCCAUGUAAUGGGCAUUUCAAGUUCUAGAAGGUUAUCAAUGGAUCCAGAAGAUUUGAAAAGAUUAGGGAAUGAAGAGUAUAAAAAAGGGCAUUUUUUAGAAGCAUUGAGUUAUUAUGAUAAAGCAAUUUCAUUAUCACCUGUGAAUGCAGCCUACCAUUGUAACCGUGCAGCCGCAUUGAUGUGUUUGAAGAGGUUUAAUGAAGCUGUGAAAGAAUGUGAUGAAGCUAUCAAGUUGGAUUCUGGAUAUGUUAGAGCUCAUCAACGUUUAGGAUCUCUUCUUAUUAGUUUAGGACAGCUUGAAAGUGCAAGGAGACACCUUCAUUUUCAAGGGCAGCAACCUGACUUAAAAGAGGCUCAAAAGUUGCAAGUAGUGGAGAAGCAUUUGAGUAAGUGUACCGAUUCUAGAAGAGUACGAGAUUGGGCUGGUGUGCUGCGGGAAAGUGAAGCUGCAAUCUCAUCUGGAGCAGACUCAUGUCCUCAGCUAUAUGCCUGCAAAGCCGAAGCAUUAUUGAAGCUUCGUCAAUUAGAUGAUGCAGAUUUGGUCAUUUCAAGUAUGCCUAAGUUUGAGGCACCUAGUAGCAUUUCAUGUUCUCAAGUGAAGUUUUUUGGGAUGCUUUCUGAGCAAUACCUUUUGUUUGUUCAUGCUCAAAUUGACAUGUCAUUAGGAAGAUUUGAGAAUGCAGUUACUUCAAUUGAGAAAUCAGCACAUAUUGAUCCUAGAAACGUUGAGGUUGCGGUUUCGCUUCAAAACAUUAGGUCGUUUUGUAGAUCUCGAGCUCGUGGGAAUGAUCUUUUCAAGUCAGAAAGAUUCACAGAAGCCUGUUCUGCUUAUGGUGAAGGGCUUAGACUUGAUCCCUCAAAUCCAAUUCUGUAUUGCAAUCGAGCAGCUUGUUGGUUUAAGCUUAUGCAAUUUGAAAGAUCUCUUGAUGAUUGCAAUCAAGCACUUCUUAUUCAUCCAAAUUACACAAAAGCACUUCUUCGAAGGGCCGCUACUUAUAGUAAGCUUGAACGAUGGGCUGAAUCGGUGAGAGAUUAUGAGGUUUUGAGAAGAGACCUUCCGGAUAACAAUGAUAUAGCUGAAUCUUUAUUUCAUGCUCAAGUUGCAUUAAAGAAAUCCCGGGGAGAAGAAGUAUAUAAUAUGAAAUUUGGUGGCGAAGUUGAAUUGAUUAAUAAUCUUGAGCAGUUCAAAGCUGCAGUUGCUUCAACAGGAGCCUCAGUUGUUCUUUUCAAAACAACAUCCGAUCUUCAAUGCAAGCAAAUAUCUCCGUUUCUUGACACCUUAUGCACUCGCUAUCCAUCCAUAAAUUUUCUCAAGGUUGAUAUUGAAGAGAGCCCGGCAGUAGCAAAUGUUGAGAAUGUCAGAAUUGUACCAACUAUCAAGAUUUACAAAAAGGGCAAUCGAAUGAAGGAGAUGGUAUGCCCAUGUCGAGAAGUGUUGGAAUCAUCUGUCCGCCAUUACAGCUUGUGAAUAAAAUCAACAGUUAUUAGUCAUUGAUGGAGGACAUAAUGGUAAUGUUGUUCCCGCCUUCCAACUACCGCCAUACAACGUGUGAUAAUGGUAAUUUCCUUUUCAUCACACCCCGGUUUUUACCUGUGACAUGAACAUCUCACAUCUCCUGCAUCUUUUGUAUCACUAUUACAUAAAAAGACACAAUAAUUUCAUCCGUAGUCAACAGCCACAUUCCAAAGCCAGUGAGAGCUAGAGAUGGUUAGAUUAGUAAGUUUUACCUUGACCUUUGCAGAUGUUAAAACUUAAGAAUUCCAUUUAUUGAAAUCCCCCAGCCCCUCCCUCCCUCUAUAUGAUCACAACCUCAUGCUCUUAUGGAUCACAAGUAGCGAUUUUCGACACCCCUCAUUCUUUUCCCAUCAAAAUGUUAGCUUUUUUUUUCUUUAGAAUUCUCAUUUUCACCCCCUUAUCAUUAGCCUAUUCACCCCUAUCCUGUUGUGUGUUCUUCCAUUUGAGAUAAUAGCAUGUACCAAAUGUAAUUACAAGUGGGCUUCCCAAUGGCUUUGUUCUGGUUAUGGAUAUGCCCUUUGUGUAUAUAUGUGAAGAUGAAGAUAUAUACAAAAAAGAAUAAAAAAAAGAGUAACUUUUGGAGGAAGAAGUAGGUUGGGUAGGCCUUAGAUGUAUUGGAUCAGUUAUACUUUGGGGGCUUUUUAUUUUCCUUUUUUUUUGUUAAACAAUUUCAUCAAUAAAUUCUUUUAAUCGUUCUUAAUAUUUUA